AUGUCCACAUCUCUCCCAUCCGUGGUUGCCCACGCACUCUCCACCAUCGCCGAACCAAUCCCCGAAGACCCCAUACGCCAGUGCACAAAACACAACCUCAACGCCCUCCACGACCUCCUAUUCAAAUGCCAAGACCUAGCCCUCAACCUCGCCGACGCGAAACUGCGCGUUUUCCCCUUCAAAGAUGUGGAGAAUUGCUGGCGACGACUGUAUACCGACGCGAGUAUCGUGAAAGCUUGUCUGGUGAUCGUUGAGAACUGCGGGGCCCUGGACGACGAGGGGGAUAAUGAUGGCAUAGGGAAACAUAAGACGGGCAAGGAGCUUUGCGCACGAUGGGUUGAGAGGUUAUUGGAGCAGGGGAAUGGCGCGACGAUGAAGUGGAAGAUUCACCCCAACGCGUGGUUAUCGCCGACUAUUCAUGUGCUCGAUAAAGCGUUGAUAAUGACCGGUGCGCCGUUACGUGAAUCACUCGUUGAAACCCUCCUAUCUACUCUCCAAGCCGCUACGGUACAAAACGCAGACUCUAAAGGCGACGAAAGUGAUGACUCGGAAUGCUACCGUGCUGCUAAACGCAGAAAGUUCUCCCCUCCGCUAUUCCCACCCGAUACAGCCCCCUCUAUGCGCUUAAAAUCGCCGAUUCCCCGUCUCUCAGCGCCGUCGUUCGACGCCAUCGAGCACCAUAUACAAGAUGUCCGGACGCCGCUGGUGAUAACGGAUGCAGUAGAGCAUUGGCCAGCCAUGUCGGCGAGACCUUGGUCGUCGCGGGAUUACUGGAUGGAUCGGACGUUUAGUGGAAAACGGCUAGUUCCUGUGGAGGUUGGGAGGUCAUAUACGGAUGAGGGAUGGGGGCAGCGGAUUAUGGAGUUUGGAGAGUUUGUGGAUAGGUUUGUUUGGAGGGAUGAGACGAUGUCGGGGGAGGAGGAUUCUGGUCAGACGGGGUAUAUGGCGCAGCAUGAUCUUUUGUCGCAGAUUCCGGCGUUGAGGAAAGAUAUUUGCAUACCGGAUUAUUGCUAUAUUGAUCCUCCAGCGGCGGAACCUGGGACGCCGGUCUAUCUCAAGAAGCAGCGGGAACAGGCAGAAAAUGCCAAAGCGAAUGGCGCAAAAACCUCCGAAGAUACAAACGGUGACAACAGCAACCAAAGAAACUCAGAAUCCUCCGAAAUAAGCCUCCCAGACGACCCCAUAAUCAACACUUGGAUCGGCCCCGCAUGGACUAUAUCACCCCUCCACCACGACCCAUACCACAAUAUCCUCGUCCAGGUAGUAGGCACCAAAUACGUUCGUCUCUACUCACCACACACGCCAGCCUCCCAAAUCUACCCCCGUGGAAGGGAAGCCGUCGCCUCAUCCCCUGCAAAGAACCAGACAGGAUCCGAAGAACAGAAACCAAACCACCAGCUCAUUGACAUGUCGAAUACGUCGCAGGUUGACUUGACAUCCAUUGAGCUUUCCCCGGCUGAAGAGGACCAGUGGGAUGCACUUUGGCCUGGGUUCUUGCAGGCGGAGUACGUCGAGACUGUGCUUAAGGAAGGGGAAUGUCUUUAUAUCCCGGUUGGAUGGUGGCAUUACGUCCGGGGAUUGAAGGCGGGUGCCAGUGUUAGUUUUUGGUGGGAGUAG